AUGGGAGUCCGGAAUCUAGCUCCCAGGUACCCCUCCGCCGUGGCCUCUGCUACUGAUAACUUCCUACAAGCUCGCUCCAGCCUUACACUCUCCUGCCAUGUGUUUCCACAGCUGAACUCAGCCGUUCUUUCCCAGCACAGCAGUUUUGACCCCUAUUGCAGCACUGCAGUCACCAUCCGCAGUGGCAUCGAGAAGGACCUUGCUUUGGAUACACUGGGGCUGGGAUAUGAUAUCAAGACUUUUAUUGGGACUGGCAGUUAGGAGGUGGUCAGGGUGGAGCCAAGGACCACCAAGAAACCUUUUGCAAUAAAAGUGAUGGAAACCAGAAUGAGAGAAGGCAGGGAGGUGUGUGAGUCUGAGUUGCCCGUCCUAUGGGGGGUUGGCCACAGUUCCAUCAUCCAGCUCCUGGAGAUCUUUGGGGCCGGAGAUCAAGUUUACGUGGUGAUGGGGUUGACUCUAGAAAGGGAGUUCUUUGAUUGACUCAUCUCUCAGGGAUCCUUUACAGAGCAGGAUGCUGUCAGAAUCCCCCACGUGGUUGCUGAUGGCAUGAGGUAUGUGCAUGCGUUGAGAACAACUAACAGAGACCUAAAGCCUGAAAAGCUCUUACGCAAUCACCCAGGAGUAGACUCACACAUUUUAAUCACAGACGUUGAUUUGGGACACUCUAGGAAUAAACGGGGUGACUGGACAGUGAGGAUGCUCUAUGCCCCAGAGUACAUAGCUCCUGAAGUUUUGCUGAGAAAAUCUUAUACCAGCGGAGUUGACACGUGGAUUUUUGGCCUAAUCGAGGAUGUGUUACUUGGCAGAUCCCUGUCUUUUAACGAUGAAAGCCAUGUGAGGCUUUCUAGGAAGAUUCUGAAAGGCAGAGAGUUAUACAGGAGAGAAACCGAGAUCUCGCGAUUCCGAGUUGAGUGUGGCCGCCCAGCCUCUCUGAUCCAGACCCACUGA